AUGCUGUUUCAAAGAGCACUACUUGCGACGGCCUUCGCGACGGUCAAUGGAGCGCUUGCGUGUACGAACUGUACCAAUGAGUCUCCGGAGCCCAUCACAUUGUCCCCGGCGCCGUGGACACUCAAGGGAGAUAUCUACGGUCUCUUCCUCCUACCAGGUGUAGGCAUACCCUUAACUGGAAACAGCCUCCCUAUCAAGACUUUCCCCCCAUUGGAGAGACAGCAUCCGGAGUCCAUAGCAGGGGAGUACAUCGGCAAGCUGGGCAUGAUUCAGGUCAUUCGUUACACCGACAGUCCCGUAGGACCGUACGACGAACUGCUAAUUGUCCCUGGCUUCUUCUCGUACGAAGACGAUGGUCAGAGGGAGCAGGCAGUGAGAGUCAGCAGGAUCUACGUCAGCCAAAAAUAUACCGAGUGGAACGGGAGAGCCAACUGGAACAUCCCCAAGCAUAUGGCCCGCUUCGACUGGAGCUCUGCACCGGAUGGCUCGACUACCGUCAGGAUUUACCCGUUCGACACCUCAAAUGAUCCAGCGGAGUCCUCAGCCUCAGAAAAGCCAUUCUUCCAGAUGACGUUCUCACCUCUACUUCCACAAAAUCUCGUGCCGUUCUCGACGGAUCUUUACCCUUGGCUCGGGGUCAACGCAACGUUGGUCCAGCCCCCAAUUCCUCUCGGCAACGACAUCUUCGGAGGUCUGGCUGAAGGAGGGCCCAAUUGGAAGUCUGUGAUCCCUGGCCAAAGUUCGAAGCAGACCACGUUUGGCACGAUCAAUAUGGACCAAUCCGGCGGAGAUGGUGAAGAGACUGGAGUCAAUGCUGCCGGAGACGAGUUCUUCCCCAACUUUUGGCCAGGUUUGGCGAGGAUCAACGCCGGUAUCAGAAUGCUGGAUGCGACGAUCACAUUCAGCGGAGCAACAGAGAUGCCUGGUGUCAUUGUCUGA